AUGGCGCCAGCAUUUCCGCGAGUACAAGCAGCAGCGAUCGAUGGCCGCUACGAGAACGUCUUUCAUCGACAAGUCCAGCUCGAAAGACUAUGCAAAGCAUUGACAGAUAAUGUCGACGAAAUCAAAAAAGCCAUUGCCUCAGAUUCUGGGAACUCUCCGGCAGAAGUUGCUGUGGAAUACCACGAAACACUUUCAGCAGUCAAACAUGACUAUGCCACUCUCGAUCACAAAACUGCUCUUGAACAGGAAUAUUUGAUUGCGAAUGGUCAAGAUGCGCCGCACCGAAGAGUCCCUGCUGGAGUGGUGUAUAUUGAGCCAAUCUCACAUACGCUGUUCUAUUCGACGAUUGUGCCUCUGAGCGCAGCUUUGGCUGCUGGGAAUGUCGUGAUCUUGUUGCUAGAGAAUAAAUUGCGAGCUGUGCCCAGUCUCCUUCGAAAACUGCUAUCCGAGGCGCUGGAUGCGGAUGGCUUCGCGAUAGCUUCAAAACCAGUAAAAGACGAUGAAUGGCCAGAAUCUGCGAUCCGAGUUCUGCAAAAUGGUGUGGAAGGUUCUCCCAGAGCGAACCAGCUUACGUCCGCAUCUCGUGCUCCUGUAUUGGCUGUUGUUGAUCGAACGGCAAAUGUACAGCAUGCAGCUCAGGAUUUGGUCGCUGCUCGCUCGAGUUUCGGAGGGUCAAGUCCUUAUGCACCGGACGUGGUACUUGUCAAUGAGUUUGUGAAGAAAGACUUCCUUCAAGCUGUGUUCAGGGCAGCAGUCGAAAUAGGCCAAGCGCCUGAAACGAAAGGCAAGACGCUGUCAAGCACCGAGAUCAGUCAUACCAUCGACCUUCUGAGAAAGUGCGACCGGAGUCUGCGUUUAGUGGCGCAAGAAAACAAGUUUGCAGUGGUCGAGUUGAGCUCGAGAGAUGCUGUUCUGAGCGUGAAGCUUCCUGCUUCAGUGCUCGCGGUAUAUGCGACCAAGAGCUUGGACGAUGCCAUCGAUCUAAUCGGCUCACGAACAACGAAGCCAUUACUCGCAGCAUACCACUUCUCGAAUGCUCGGACUGGCAAAUACCUUUCGCAAUUCAUCUCGUCGGAAGCAAGUUUCGUCAACCAUGUUCCUCGAGAGCUUCUGCUGGGACCUCCAGCCGUGAGCGGCAGGGAAUUCGCCAUAGACAAUCGAUAUCCAAUCGAUUCAUUCACGAUCUCCCGACCUGUGCAGAUCAACGCUUCGCCGCAGAGCCUGCGGAUAGCAGGUAUUCUGGCCACUUCUAGCAGCAACGCGGCACAGAAGCUUAUCACAGAAGCUGCAUCACCAUUGAAGGCAUUCAAGAGAAACCCAGGAGGUGGAAUCGGAUACUUCGAGCAAGGCUUCCUGCUCGGAGCUGGUUUGAUAUUGGCGAGCACAAUGACAGUAUCCGCAACAGGCGUAUACUGGUUUUUGAGAUGGGGUAGGCCUUUGUAG